ACGCUGCCGGCCGGUGCCGGAGAAGCCCACGGUGGAGGCCCCCCAGCUCGGCCUUCUGCAAAGUCCGUCUUCCUCCCUGUGGGCGCCUCCCGGGCUCCGGGGACCGCUGAGCUGGGGGGACGCUCGAGCUGCGAAGAUCCGGGCAGCCCGCGGGGCGAAGAGCGGGCGCCCAGGAUGGGAUGUGUGAGAUCCAGGUUCUUCCGGGAUGAAGGCAAGAUCUCCAAGACUGAGCCCUGCGCCGGCCCACACACCACCAUGUACGUGCCAGAUCCCAUGACCUCCAGUAAGCCGGGAUCCAGCAACUACCAGAGCAACUCCCUGGGGCCUGCGGUAGGUUGUGAGGACAUCAUUGUGGUUGCCUUGUAUGAUUAUGAAGCCAUCCACCGUGAAGACCUCAGCUUCCAGAAGGGAGACAAGCUCGUGGUCCUGGAGGAGUCUGGAGAGUGGUGGAAGGCUCGGUCCCUGGCCACUCGGAAAGAGGGUUACAUCCCCAGCAACUAUGUGGCCCGCGUGAACUCGCUGGAGACAGAGGAGUGGUUCUUCAAGGGCACAAGUCGCAAGGAUGCAGAGCGCCACCUGCUGGCUCCAGGCAACAUGCUGGGCUCCUUCAUGAUCCGGGACAGCGAGACCACCAAAGGGAGCUACUCUCUGUCCAUACGGGACUACGACCCCCAGCACGGGGACACAGUGAAGCACUACAAGAUCCGCACCCUGGACAACGGGGGCUUCUACGUCUCCCCGCGGACCACCUUCAGCACCCUGCAGGAGUUGGUGGCCCACUAUCAGAAAGGGAGAGACGGGCUGUGCCAGCAGCUGUCAGUGCCCUGUGUGUCUGCGAAGCCACAGAAGCCGUGGGAGAAGGAUGCCUGGGAGAUCCCCCGGGAGUCCCUCAAGCUGGAGAAGAAACUCGGAGCGGGGCAGUUCGGGGACGUCUGGAUGGCCAUCUACAACAAGCACACCAAGGUGGCGGUGAAGACAAUGAAGCCGGGGAGCAUGUCGGUGGAGGCCUUCCUGGCGGAGGCCAACCUGAUGAAGACGUUGCAGCAUGACAAGCUGGUGAAGCUGUAUGCUGUGGUCACGCAGGAGCCCAUCUACAUCAUCACGGAGUUCAUGGCCAAAGGGAGCCUGCUGGACUUUCUGAAGACCACAGAGGGCAGCCAGCAGCCCUUGCCAAAGCUCAUCGACUUUGCAGCCCAGAUUGCAGAGGGCAUGGCCUACAUCGAGCAGAGGAACUACAUCCACCGAGACCUCCGAGCUGCCAACAUCUUAGUCUCUGCAUCCCUGGUGUGUAAGAUUGCCGACUUCGGCCUGGCACGGGUCAUCGAGGACAACGAGUACACAGCUCGCGAAGGGGCCAAGUUCCCCAUCAAGUGGACAGCUCCGGAAGCCAUCAACUUUGGCUCUUUCACCAUCAAGUCAGACGUCUGGUCCUUCGGCAUCCUGCUGACAGAGAUUGUCACCUACGGCCGCAUCCCUUACCCAGGGAUGUCGAACCCCGAGGUGAUCCGGGCACUGGAACAAGGGUACCGGAUGCCGCGACCGGAGAACUGCCCCGAGGAGCUCUACAGCAUCAUGACACGCUGCUGGAAGAACCGCCCAGAGGAACGGCCCACCUUCGAAUACAUCCAGAGUGUGCUGGAUGACUUCUACACGGCCACGGAGAGCCAAUACCAGCAGCAGCCAUGACGGGUGGGCCAGGGCCAAGUCAGGCAGCCAUGCAGGCCCCAGCAGGUGCCCCCUCUCUCCCCCAGCAGCCUCCACCAGGGCCUGCUCUCCUGCCCCAGGCCCAGUCACUCUGCCCCACUCCAGUGUCCACAUGCACAGUUGGACUGGACAAUGUCUUUUGACUCGAGCAAGUCAUGCCCUGCCAUUCUCAGGAAACCCCAAAAUAGUACUUCCAUUAACCAGGACAGGUGGAUUCCUCUUCCAGCUAGGGGUGGGAUGGGAACUGUUGAAAGUCAUGAAAUAAGUAUUUAAAUGACAGGUAUGGUUGCCUGUUAUUGAAGUGCCUGAGGAUCGGCUUGCUUUCUUGCUGUAUGAGUUAGAAAUCUCGGUCUGAUGUGUGAGGAGAGGCAGAGCAGUUCAAUGCCCUGAGUUUUCUCCCUGGCCCAAAAUAGUCACUGUUGCACUGGGGUUGGAAGGAAGCUGUAACGAUGACCACACACUUGUUGGCUUGAAACAGCACACACACCCUCCUGCGGGGCCAAGGGCCUGCCUCCUUCUGGAAACUUCAUUUCUCCCUGUGCCUGGAGGCCGCUCACAUCCCUGACGCCCUGUUCCCUGUGCACCUGACUCCACACUUCCCUGGGAACAUUCCCUCGGAUGCUGACUGCCCCUCUUCCUGCCGUAACUUGUGAGGAUCCCUGGCAUUGUUUUGGACCCGCCUUGAAUCACCCAGAAUCAUCUUUCCAUCUCCAAGAUCCUUGAUCACACUGGCAAAUUUCCUUUGUCCACACAAGGAGACGUUUCUGUAGCUACUCGGGUGUAGGGACAGACACAUCUUAGGGGACACAGGAGUUGGCCAAUCUCCCUGGUAUCUGGUGGCUGCACCUGCCAGGAAGCAAACAAUAAUUUCUCAGAAUCCAAGAUUCCAAUUCUCUUUCCAAGGCCACAUCGCUAUGCGGGUUGGUUGGGCUUGAUCUCCCAUAGGGUCAGGGGCUGCCUGAAACCUGGCAUUUCCCAUUGCCAAGUUGCUGUCAUGAUGAUUAUGGUGGCCUCCACCAUUUGCAAGAAUGCUGGAGUCUGGAGAGGUGGCUGCUGAGAGAUACUGGUUCCUGUACACGGGGAGCUAUUGGUAGAGGAAGAGGAAAGAGAAGACAAGGAGGGGGUGGGUAGAUCUCUGUUUUGUCUUUUCUUUCUGCCACUCUGCCUUUCAAAUAAAUAAAUAAAACUUUUUU